AUGGUUUUCGUUACUGACUCGCGAGAGGCCAUCGCCGACACGGAACCAAUUGGUGGCCAAAGACAGACAUUUGUGUCCAAAUUAUUGUCAUAUCCGCGAACCAUUUAUGCGGGUUUUGACGCCACCGCCGAUAGUCUUCACGUCGGGAACCUUUUAGUGUUGAUAUCGUUAUUACAAUUGCAACGAUUAGGACAUCGGGUUAUUGUAUUGAUUGGCGACUCGACCGCCAGAAUCGGUGAUCCGAGCGGUAAGAGUGAGGAAAGACCGCUGAUUGAGAAGGAAUUGGCGGACAAAUACGCCAACAGUAUUGAAAAGAGUGUGAAAAGGAUUUUUGAAAAUCACAAGAAGUACUUCUGGAAAACGAAGGGCAGAAACGAAACGCUGGAGGAAUAUAUCAUUUGCCGCAACAGUGAAUGGUAUAGCGAUAAGAAUAUAAUUGAUUUCAUGAGUAAAAUUGGCCGCUAUUUACGGGUGACUACAAUGAUGGGCAAAACCAUUAGAGACCGAUUGGACACAACGGGUCUCUGUUUUUCUGAGUUUUCUUAUCAAAUGUUUCAAUCCUAUGAUUGGCUUUAUUUGUAUCAAAAAUAUGGCGCCGAGUUUCAGAUCGGAGGAAUAGAUCAGACCGUGAAUAUACAUAAUGGUCACGACCUGAUCAGGCGUUUGACUGAUAAGCAAACGUUUGGUCUUUUUAUGCCAAUAUUGACCGAUGAAAACGGGAAGAAAUUUGGCAAAAGUGAAGAGAAAGCUAUUUAUUUAAACGAUGAUAAAAUUUCUCCGUUUGGUUUCUAUCAAUUUUUCCAUCAGUUGACAGACAGACAAGUUUAUGACUUUUUGAAAAUGUUUUCGUUUCGUUCGGACGCAGAGAUUGAACAGAUAUACCAGAAAUCAUUGCGAACUCAAAAGCCGUGGUAUUUACAGGAGAUUGUGGCCGAAGAGAUGACACUUUUAGUUCACGGAGAGGCCGGUCUCUCAUCAGCCAAGCGAACAACUGAUGCCUUAUUUAAGAGAGAUGUGGAAGUGUUGGCCCGACUCAACGAAUCCGAAAUUAAUGAUGUGUUUGAAGGCGCGCCGAUGUCUACAUUGAUUUUCAAUCCCGAUGAGAUGACCGCUAUUGAGUUGGCCAUCAAAGCUCAUUGCUUUACUAAUGAAUUCGAAGCGCUUCGAGUCAUAAAAGGCGGCGGAUUUUAUAUAAAUUAUUCAAAAGUCUUGUCUCCGCAACAAAUAUUAACACAAACCGAUAUUCUGGCGAAUAGUAUAACAUUAGUGAGCGUUGGGAAACGAAAGCAUCAC